AUGGAUACAUACAUUGUCCUAACUUUGCAACCUCGGGAAAGGAAAAGCAUUGUUACUGCAGCUAUGUUGGAUGAAUUGCAAGAGCAUGUUGAAUUCAUUGACAUGGAAAAUGUUUUAAAUUUCAGUUCUUCUCUUCUAAAAAAAGUUCCACUGAUUCUUUCAGAACCCCUUUGUUCACAGCAAUUCAAAGUAUUGAUUUCAUCAGUAAUUUUACUCAAAGAAUCAAAUUUCAUUAAUGGGUUAUAUGCUGAACAAUCCCGGGUUCCUCCAAGUCUUCAAUUGCCUAUCUCCCCUGUAACCAAGUUCAAGAUUGCUCUUUGUCAAUUAUCAGUCACCGCUGAUAGGAAGCGAAGCAUUGCGCAUGCUUGUAAAGCGAUCGAGGAAGCUGUGGAGAAAGGGGCUCAAUUUGUUGUCUUGCCUGAAAUAUGGAAUAGUCCAUAUGCAAAUGAUAGCUUUCCGGUGUAUGCUGAGGAUAUUGAUGCUGGUAGUGAUGCGUCUCCUUCAACGGCGAUGUUGUCUGAAGUUGCUCGCAAUCUCAAGGUCACAAUAGUUGGUGGUUCUAUACCAGAACGAUGUGGCGAUAAGUUGUAUAGUACGUGUUUUGUGUUUGGGAAAGACGGAAAGUUGCUGGCUAAGCACAGAAAGGUACAUCUAUUUGAUAUUGAUAUUCCUGGGAAGAUUACUUUCAUGGAAUCUAAAACUCUGACUGCUGGGGAGAAUCCUACUAUUGUCGAUACAGAUGUUGGACGUAUUGGUAUAGGUAUUUGCUAUGAUAUUAGGUUCCAAGAACUAACAAUGCUGUAUGCAGCAAGAGGUGCACAUUUGAUAUGCUAUCCUGGGGCAUUCAAUAUGACAACAGGGCCCUUACAAUGGGAGUUAUUGCAAAGGGCAAGAGCUGUAGAUAAUCAGUUAUAUGUAGCGACUUGUUCUCCUGCCCGAGAUGCUGGUGCAGGUUACGUUGCUUGGGGUCAUUCUACCCUUGUUGGUCCUUUUGGAGAAGUCCUUGCUACGACUGAACAUGAUGAAGCUAUAAUCAUAGGAGAGAUCGACUAUUCACUGAUUGAGCUCAGAAGAACGAACCUUCCAUUAGAGAAGCAAAGGAGGGGGGAUUUGUACCAAUUGGUUGAUGUACAGAGGCAGAAUCAUCAGUAAACUCUAAGAAUUUCUUGAAACCAAUGUGAAUGUGUUAAGAUGAAUUGGGCAUGGUAACAACACCAUCUCUGGACUGUUCAACACUAGCCUCUUCCUACAAACAUUCAAAAACAAUUUUUUCACAAAUAAUUGGUUUUCCUGAACCUUGUGUUGUCGCAUAAUUAUAAAAGUAUUCUGAGGUUUUGAAUAAA